AUGUCGCAACGGCGAUCGGCGUCCGUUGAUUGUCCCUCUCAGCGUACUGCCGGUGGCGGCGCCGCUGCUCCUUCAUCUGCCGCCGCUGAUCACCGCGGCUCGGCCAAGCGCAAGUUGGACGAUUACGUGUCUUCCGUCGAGGAGGACGAUGAGGACCUGGUCAGCGUGAGAAUGCGGAAGGACGAUUCCCCCUCCGCCGUGAACUCCUCUUCCGACGUUCAGAACCACAGUCUCGUUUCAUCGAGCGGUGGUGGGGUUGGGCCCGUCUCCAGCUCAGCAGCCGCCGCCGCCGGUGACCUCUCGUCUCUUCCUUCUUGUUCGCGCACGGCUUCGCCUCCUGCCAUGGGUCUCGCUGCGUCGGUUACGAGGCUCCAGUUCUUCGUCCGGAUGAUCUCCAACGGGAAUCACAUUGUUAUUAAUGCAAGUUCGGAGGACACCGUUGGAAAGAUUCUGAUGAGAAUUCAGGACAUCACUGGGAUUCCUGCUUACGAGCAGAGGUUAAUUUACAACGGGAAGCAGCUGCAGGCGGAGCAAUCACUGGCGGAGUGUGCGAUUCAGAAGGAUGCCGCACUUCAUUUAGUUGGCCGGAUGCGGAGUACGAAGCAUCCACAGACUUGCCGGCUAGUCGAGCAGUUAGUAAUGCUUAUUUGCAAACUAUGUAGAGGGGGAAUGCCAUCUUCCGCUCAUGCCCCUAAGCAUGUUACAAACUUGGUGACCGAGUUCUUCAAAUUGACUGGAAAUAGUGAAAUUGAGGAUGCAGGCGGCCAUUUUGAGAUUUUCAUGUCAUAUUCUGCUCCAGCAGCAUUAGUGAUGCUGUAUAUCUCGACCAACAAAGGUAACAAAGAAUGCGCUGAUACCUCGAUUAAGCACUUCUUAAACGCCUGUAGAGAUUUGCCGAAGUCAUUGCAUGCCAACUGUGCACCUGUUAUCUUAGAAUUUUGCAAUUUGCUUAGAAAGGUUGCUAAUGACGAUCUUCUGUAUGUCUGCUGUCGAAGCACUCUUGGUUCAUUCUUGGAAAAUGAUUUGGGGUGGCGCUGGUCAUUCAAGUGUGAGGUAGGUUUGGACGAUGUAAAGGCGUCUAUUACGAUAGCAGAUGUUUUCCCUUUUGUUAAGGAGUUAGCUAUUAGGUUGUGCUAUGGUCUGGAUUUGAAUCUGGAGACUCCAGGGAGUUUUCUACGACCAUCUGCUACUGAUGUCCGUGACUUCUCUGCAUUCUUGUCACCUUUUCGGGCUGCUAUAUCGGAGCAUUUAGGAACUGAGCCACCUGUUUCCAUGCCUUUGAGCAAGAGAGAAAUUAGACAUCUAUUAUAUAUAGAAGAGGUUGAGCAGCUUCAUGUUAUAUUUAAGGCCUUGUUAGCGAAGAUGGAUCGGUGCCUCCUUAAGUUGGACGCCUCAACUUUGAAGUCAUCUGGAGAAGGUGAGUUGAGCCGUACAUCAGGGUCUCAGUAUCUUGCUAUUUUGAAGGAACUGAAUGAAAUAGCUAAGCUUUACCAGAAGGCCGGAGAACAAUUCUGGACAGUUAUGAAACUUAGAAAGACUUCUAUUUGUGGUUUGAUUGUUAAAUAUGCAAAAAGAACCGAUGACCAUCAAUGGCUUCUUCUGCACAAGGAUGUGACUGAUUUUGAGUCGCGGAGGCAUUUGGCUAUGAUGAUGUUACCUGAGGUGAAAGAAGACUACGAGGAUCUAUUUGAAAUGCUUAUUGACAGGGCACACUUGUUGGAGGAGUCAUUUGCAUACAUAGGCCGUGCUGAAUCUGAGUCGUUGCAUGGAGGUUUAUUUAUGGAAUUCAAAAACGAGGAAGCUACUGGUCCUGGUGUAAUGCGAGAGUGGUUUCCCUUGGUAGUUGAGGCUAUAUUCAACCCAGAGAAUGCUCUUUUCCUGGCAUGCCCAAAUGAUCGCAGAAGGUUCUACCCUAAUCCUGCAUCUAAGGUCCAACCAAGGCAUCUCGAGUUUUUCAACUUCUCUGGUCGGGUAAUUGCAUUAGCUUUGAUGCACAAAGUACAAGUUGGAAUAGUUCUAGAUCGCGUCCUUUUCUUGCAAUUAGCUGGAGCAGACAUACAUCUGGAAGACAUAAGGGAUGCAGACCCGAUCCUCUACAGUAGCUGCAAGCAAAUUCUGGAUAUGGAUGCUGAGUUUAUUGAUUCCGAUGCUCUAGGACUUACAUUUGUUAGAGAAUUCGAGGAGUUGGGAUCCAGGAAGGUUGUGCAACUCUGUCCCAAUGGGAAAAAUAUCAUAGUUAAUAGCAAGAACCGAGAAGAAUAUAUCAAACUCUUGAUUCACCAUCGAUUCGUAACGUCAAUCUCGGAACAGGUCUCACAUUUUGCACGGGGCUUCUCUGAUAUUCUUUUGAAGGGAAGCCUCCCUAGUUUCUUUUUUCGAAGUUUGGAGCUUCAAGAUCUUGAUUGGGUGCUGUAUGGGAGUGAUGCUCCUAUCUGCGUUGAGGAUUGGAAGGAACAUACCGACUACAAUGGCUUUGAAGAAACUGAUCCUCAGAUAUCCUGGUUCUGGAAGAUUGUUGGGGAAAUGUCAGCUGAGCAAAGGAGAAUACUACUCUUUUUUUGGACAUCGGUGAUGUAUCUACCUGUAGAGGGUUUCGAAGGCUUGACUUCCCGGCUCUACAUAUACAAGUCCGCGGAACCAAAUGAUCGCCUGCCUUCAUCCCACACAUGCUUCCACCGCAUUUGCUUCCCGCCUUACCCAUCCAUGGAAAUCAUGCAAGAGCGACUCCUCAUCAUAACCCAAGAGCACGUUUAUCGCAGCUUUGGCACCUGGUGA